ACAUGUGGUUCGGCAAUCUGGUCACAAUGGACUGGUGGGACGACCUCUGGCUUAACGAGGGUUUUGCCUCCUAUAUGGAGAAUCUGGGCGUCAAUUACAUACACCCGGAUUGGAAAAUGUUGGACCAAUUCGUGGUGACGACUACCCAGUGGUCGAUGGCAUUGGAUUCGCUGCAGAGCUCGCAUCCAAUCAAAGCGCACGUCAAGAAUCCGGCAGAGAUUGAGGCCUUGUUUGAUGUCAUAUCCUAUAAGAAGGGCGCCGCUCUGACCCGAAUGCUAGAGAACUUCUUGGGAAUGGAUGGCUUGAGGGCCGGACUGUCGAAGUUUUUGCACAAAUACCAGUACAGAACCGCCAAAACCAGCGAUUUGUGGCACUGUUUCUCCGACGUGAGCGCAAAGCAGGCCAUCAACGUGUCGGCCAUUAUGGACACGUGGGUCGAGCAGAAGGGCUAUCCUGUGAUAACUGUCCGCCGCCGGGGUUCACAACUGGUGCUCUCUCAGCGCCGAUUCCUGUCGAGCGUUGCCGAGUCGGACACCGCAUCGCUCACCGAUAUAUCGCCGCACGGAUACGUCUGGAUAAUACCCGUCACACUCGUCACCGACCGGACCAUCAGCAGCACCGGUAAGACCAGUGCCGCCGCCGCCGCACCGCAACUCAUUUGGUUGAACGAGACCGAGAUGUCGGUGCCGUCGCCGCCGGUGGACCAGUGGUUCAAACUGAACGUCAAUCAGUCGGGCUAUUAUCGGGUGAACUACGAGCCCUCUGUAUGGCAGGCGCUGACCGACACACUCAACAAUCACGGCUACAAUCGGCACCGG